AUGAACCAAGCUACCCAUUAUUUAGACGCAUCGAUGAUAUACGGUACGUCGGAACAACAGACAUUGUCGUUGAGACAAAUGUCGUCCGGCCAACUUUUGGUAGAAAAAAAAUUUUAUCACCUUCCUAGUACUGAUCUUUUGCCGCUGGAAACCACCGAUACGAACUUUUGUCAGAACGGCCCAGGCACGUGCUAUAGGGCUGGUGACAUUCGAGCAAACGCAUAUCCACAACUGACUGUAGUGUACACAAUGUGGGUAAGGGAACACAACCGGAUAGCCCUAGAAGUGCAUAAAGAAAAUCCCUUCUGGAGUGACGAAGAAAUUUUCCGGGAGGCCAAGAAAAUCGUGACUGCUUUCAUACAGCACAUCACUUACAACGAAUGGCUGCCGGCACUGCUUGGCGUAAACUACACCAAGGAAAACGGUUUAGGACUGGGACAAAGAACCGUGUAUGACGUGACCGCCGAUCCGACCGUUAGCAACAGCUUCGCGACCGCGAUACUGCCUUUCGCCAAUUCCAUGAUUGGCGAUAAUAUUAGUUUCUGGACAAUACUUGACGAAAGAUAUCAAAAUCCAACAUUUGAAAUUAGUGAAGUUGCUAAAUUAAAGGAAAAUUACAAUAAACCACUCAAAUGUAUGGAAGAUUCGAGUCAUAUGAUAAUAGGAUUAAUUGUGCAAGCUACACAAAAAGUCGAUAUGCUGUUUACUGAAUCGAUUACAAAUUACCUAUAUGUUAUGGACCCAAAUUAUUAUUCGUUUGGCAUGGACAUCGUCAGUUUGGAUAUACAGCGAAGCCGCGAUCACGGUAUUCCAAGCUACACACAAUUUAGAAAAUACUGUGGACUUAAAGACAUAUUAAAUGUGCAAGAUUUGUCUGAGAUCAUGGUGGAAGGUUCAGCUGAUAAAUUAUUGAAGCUAUACAAAACUUGGAACGAUAUAGAUCUAUUGGUUGGUGCAUUGUUGGAGAAACACGUUGACGACGCAAUGGUUGGCCCUACGAUGAGGUGCCUCAUCAGGGAACAAUUUGUAAGAACUAGAAUUGCAGAUAGAUAUUUUUAUGAUGUACCAGGAGUAUUCACUGAUUAUCAACUGGAGAAUAUCAAGCGCGUGACGCUUUCCAGAGUUUUAUGUGAUAGCGGGGGCGGGUUAAUCGACAGGAUUCCACUACAAGCCUUUUCGAGACCGGCGGAAUAUGGUAAAUUUCUUCGUCGAUGUGAUAGCGAAAUUCCGAAAUUCAAUUUUAGUGGUUGGUUCGAUAAAACCAGAGACAAUUUUUUUGGGAUAAAUAACUCUAAAAAUUAA